CGAAGAAUCUCUCCGGUGCUAGAUUCCAACUGCUCAACAACAGAGAGAAGUGAGAAAUACUCUCAUUGCCAGCUUCUUCGUCUCUGUUCUCGCCCUCAGGCCUCGAAGGGCAGCCCUGCGUUUCUCCGGCGAGCCGGCGACUCGCCGCCUCUCAAGGUUAAGCUAUUUCCGGAUUUCGACUGCGGCGAGAACAGCUGGCUCCAUUUGGUUCAGAGAACUCCAUUGAUCCGUUACUCGAUGAGCACGCUAUCUUCCUUUGUUCAUCAAUGGCUCAGGUAUAGUCCCAUUAGGAUUCGAUUCUAUAAUGGAGGAGGAGAGGAAAGGAAGUGGUGGUAACUUUGCUGAAGUUUCAACAUACUUGCAGCGAUUUGAGAUGAACAGAAGGAAGAUUCUUUUGUACUCCUUCCCGGCUUUUCUUAUAGUUGCAGUAGCUAUCAGUACUGUGUCGAUUCCUGCAGCCGGUGGUGGAGGUGGUAGGGAAGAUGGUCUUGGGGUUGGAAAGGGGCUGCGGUUUUCUGGAAGCUCGUCUUUCAAGAUCGCAUUGUUUGCCGAUCUGCACUACGGCGAAAAUGCCUGGGAUGAAUGGGGACCCUUGCAGGACGUCAAAUCUGAUCGAGUAAUAUCGAACGUGCUUGAUAAUGAAACACCAGACUUUGUAAUCUACCUUGGGGAUGUCAUUACUGCAAAUAACCUCCCAACUCCAAAUGCAAGUUUGUAUUGGGCGCAAGCCAUUUCUCCAACUAGAAACAGAGGGAUCCCUUGGGCAACAUUAUUUGGUAAUCACGAUGACGCAUUUUUUGAGUGGCCGUUGGAUUGGUUUUCAAUGGUUGGGAUUCCAGGGGUUAAUUUUCCAACUGAGACCUGGUCUGCAGGAGAGAAGGAUUUCAGUUUCAGAGGAACUACUCGAAUCGACUUAAUGAAAAUGGAGAUAUUAAAAAAUCCUUUGUCUCAUUCACAAAUUGGUCCAACAGAACUUUCGCCUUCUGUAUCCAAUUAUAUUUUGCAAAUUUCUUCAUCCACAAACCCAAAAUCACCAUCUGUUUUCUUAUAUUUCUUUGAUUCCGGCGGCGGCUCCUAUCCUGAAGUCAUAUCAUAUGCUCAGGUUAAAUGGUUUCAGGAACAAUCACAAACUAUCAAUCCUUAUUCACGGGUCCCUGAGUUAAUAUUUUGGCAUAUUCCAAGUCAAGCAUACAAGAAGGUGGCUCCUAGGCCCAAGGCCUCGAUAAAAUGGCCGUGUGUUGGAUCUCUUAACAUGGAAGCAAUUGCUUCCCAAGAAGCUGAAUGGGGAAUUAUGGAUGCUCUAUCGAACAGGUCGUCGGUAAAGGCAGUGUUUGUAGGGCACAAUCAUGGGCUGGAUUGGUGCUGUCCCCAUGAGCAGCUCUGGCUCUGCUUUGCUCGUCACAGCGGGUAUGGUGGCUAUGGAACAUGGCCGCGUGGUUCCAGAAUUCUUGAGAUCAAUGAAGAACCAUUCUCCCUUCAGUCUUGGAUUAGAAUGGAAGAUGGCACUAAUCACAGCUAUGUUCAACUCAGUUACUGAGUUGCUUCUUCUCUUGCAACAUUCGAAUCCGAUAUAUUAAAGUUCUUCAUUUUAUUUUCAAUCAAUGCGCUACGGUGUUUUGAGGAGAGCGGAGUAAUUCAGGUACGGCAGUAUUUGUCUCUCAUUUGAGAGUGAAGAUGACAUCAGUUGGAAGUUAUAUUUUUGCACCUUGGGACUCAUUUUAUUUUAGGAAGAUUUACAUGUAUACCCACCUAUACAUAUAUGCAUGAAAAUGUAUUUUUUCAAUUUUUAAAAGUUAAAAUGAUAGUAUUGUUGAUGUGGUAUGAAAGAUUUGGAUUGUAUGGAUGUAAAAAAGUGAAAGUUUAGAGGUUUGAUGUAUGAAUUUAUAGGAAUUGGAUGGUAUGUAUGUAAUGAUACUUGUGUGAAGGAAAAUGUUGAUGUGGGGCAAAGGAACAUUAUGUUAGAAUUUGCACUUUUUUC